GGUGAGAAAGGCAUAACUUCCACUUAAAGCUAAGUAGCUUAGAGCUCACACUCCUCAUUUUGGAAUUUUAAAACUUAACACAAAAUCUAAUCUAAAAUCCACUAACUUUUUUUACUUUUUUUCUCCAAAUAUAAUAUUUUCUAUUACUAGCCUAACUGUUUCACACACUUAAUUAGUAAUUCACAGAAUUUCAUGCUUACACUGAACUCUAUAACUAUAAUCACUGACUUUACUUUUUAUUUCUUUGUUUUAAGACUUGCCCAUUUUAGCUAACAUGAUUGGAACCAACAAAAAAAGGUGAAAAUAGAGAUUCAAAGGACAACUUUUUGACAAAAUUGCAUUAUUAUUGGUUUUUUUCUAUACAAGGAAACUUCCCCUUUAUUCAAGAUUCAGCUUCACUGCAUUCUUCAUGUUUAUUUGAUUUUUAAGUGCACUUGCAGUUCAUCUGGAUAAGUUAAGGCUGUGGUGAGGCAAUUUCAGUGGAUCUUCCAAUGGGGUUCUCCCUGUCUUUACUGUUAAUUUUGGCUUCUCUGCCUGUAAUUUUUGCUCAAGAAGAUGUUAAACAUGCCACAAUUAUGGUUGAUGGGACUGUUACGAUCGCGAAAACUGAUGAGAAUUUCAUCUGUGCUACUCUUGAUUGGUGGCCUCAUGAUAAGUGUGACUACAACCAAUGUCCAUGGGGCUAUUCAUCUGUCAUCAAUUUGAACUUGUCUCAACCCCUUCUUGCAAAAGCUAUCCAAGCUUUCGGGCACUUGAGAAUACGAGUAGGAGGUUCUUUGCAAGACGAAGUGAUAUAUGAUGUAGGAGAUUUGAAGUAUCCUUGCCGUCCAUUUCAAAAGAUGAAAUAUGGGCUGUUCGGAUUUUCAAAGGGAUGCUUACAUAUGAACCGGUGGGAUGAGUUGAAUCUUUUAUUCCGUAGAACUGGGGCUAUUGUGACAUUUGGCUUGAAUGCUCUCCACGGAAGGCACCAGAUCAGGAGGGGCAUUUGGGGAGGAGCUUGGGAUUCCGCCAAUGCUUAUGAUUUUAUGAAGUACACCGUCUCAAAGGGAUACAAGAUAGAUUCAUGGGAAUUUGGUAAUGAAUUAAGCGGAAGUGGUGUUGGUGCAAGUGUGAACGCAGAACUCUACGGCAAAGAUUUAAUUAACCUUAAGAAUAUUAUAUCUGAUUUGUAUAAGAACUCGGAUUUCAAGCCUUCGCUUGUAGCACCUGGAGGAUUUUUUGAUCAGCAGUGGUAUGCCAAGUUGCUUCAGGUUUCAGGUUCCGGCAUAGUCAAUGUUUUGACUCAUCACAUAUACAAUCUAGGAGCAGGUGUCGAUCCGAACAUUGUGAGUAAAAUACUGGAUCCCCAUUUCUUGAGCAAGAUAACAGAAACAUUCAGUGGUGUUGCUCAAACCAUUCAACAGAAUGGUCCGUGGUCUUCUGCGUGGGUUGGUGAAUCCGGUGGCGCCUAUAACAGUGGCGGACGACAUGUCUCUAAUACAUUUGUGAAUAGCUUUUGGUACUUAGAUCAACUUGGACUGGCAUCCAAGUACAACACAAAAGCAUAUUGCAGGCAGACACUAGUUGGCGGAAAUUACGGUCUCCUGAAUACAACCACACUUGCGCCAAACCCUGACUAUUACAGUGCCCUCCUAUGGAAUCGACUUAUGGGAAAAGGUGUUCUGGCUGUUGGUAGCGAUGCUUCGCCGUACCUGCGUGCUUAUGCCCAUUGUACAAAAGGAAGAGCAGGUGUAACUUUACUACUCAUAAACUUAAGCAAUCAGACAUCUUUUACAAUCAGUGCUCAAAAUAGCAUGACAAUGGAGCUGCACAGCAUUCAAGAAGAAAGCCCUUUCGCGCGUGGCCUUAAGAGAUCAGUUUCAUGGAUCGGAAACGAAGCAUCCGAUGAAUCAUUAACGAGAGAGGAGUACCAUUUAACUCCAAAAAAUGGAUAUCUUCAAAGCCAAACCAUGCUUCUCAAUGGAAUUCCAUUAGAGCUUACCGGAGAGGGAGACAUUCCGAGGUUAGAGCCUGUCCAUAAUAAUGUGAAAUCCCCGAUAUACGUUAGUCCUUUGUCAAUUUCUUUCGUAGUUUUUCCAAAUUUUGAUGCUCCCUCUUGUGCAUAAUUGGUUAUUCUCAAUAUUGUUUAGCUUUAUAAGUGUGGUGUAUAUGAAUAAAGUUGCAGAAACUGCAAUUUUAUGGUAAUUGUAAUUAUGGACAAGCUAUAGUUUAUUUGUAAUGUUUUGGAGAAAAAAUAAGAUUGAAUGAAUAGAUUUACAUCA